GUGGGGUCGAAUUUGCGGACCUCCGCGGGUCGAGAUUCGGCAGUUUGCAUUUUUGGAGGAAGUUUGGCAGAGAGUGAAAAAAAGGAGGGAAAAAUUUACAGCAGCGAGUCGUUCGACUGCGCACCCGCUGCUCAGAAGCAGCUAUUUGAGCCCGAGGCUGCUCAGAAGCAGCUUGAAGCAGACCCAAAGACGGAGGACUCAGACUCAACGGAGAAAGUCCGCAACCUUGAAGUCAUGCUCCACCUGAUCAAGGUGGACGUGGCCGACACGCUCGAUCGCGAAUCGAACCUGCCUGCCCUGCUCACGGCGCCGGCGAACCACACUCUAAAGCCCACGAGCGCCACCGUGGCUUGUGCGCGGUGGAUUACGGAAGAGUUGCCUGAUUGGUCGAUGCAAUUUGUGCAAACCAUGCAGAAAGAUGUGGUGCUUCAGUGUAUUUGGAUAUCACCGCAGAAUGUCCAGUACCGGUCGCUGAAGCAAGCACUCCGGAAUGGAUUUGUGGAUGCGAAUCAGGUGUGCAGCGCACCGCCUGCGAAGUAUCGGCGCUUAGCGGCGCCAGCUGGGGGCGAACCUCCAGUUGGCGGAGCAGCAGCUUGCGCUGCUACAGCGGCCGUUGCUGGUGAGACUGUGGAGCACGAGGGCGCUGCAAAUGGGAUGGCCGCGGUGGUCGCAACACCCUGUGACAUUCAGCAACAUGCUGAUGCUGCUAGGGCGCUUGACAGUGAGAUUGUCGAGCACGAUGGCGCUGCAACUGCAAAUGGGAUGACCGCCGUGGCAACCGUCUUCCUUCAGGGUUGGCCCUUUGGGCAUUGUCCAGGCUUUCUGCAUGCAGUCAUGCUGACCUACAACGACCACAAAGCCACUUCCCA